GAAAUAUCCCACCCCUUGACUGUGCUAGUGUUUGCGUGUGUGCGUGCGUGUGUAUCUUACACAGGUCAGGAAUGGCGUUUUAAGGAGCGCGCACACGCAGGCACGCACUCGCAGGAACACAAACGCACGAUCUGUGUAUCCGCGCACAGACAGUGUGUUUAGCAGCGUCGCGCAGGACCUCAGCACGAGCUCGACCUUGAUCUGGCAGACUGAGACCCCUUCAUCAUCAUCCUCAUUCUCGUGUUCAUCCUCAUCGGCGCGAGCUCCAGUUAAACGCGCGUGAAGCUCGACUGGCACUUCCUGGGGUGUACAGGACUGAGCUGAGACAUGAUGGACGCCCAAUCACAAGGUCAACAGCCUCCAGUGCCAGUAUUUCAGCCACAGAAAAUCCAACAGGAUAUGGGCUAUAAUAAUUUAGCCAAUUUUGCCAUUGGAAAGAAGAUUGGAAGAGGACAGUUCAGCGAGGUUUAUCGUGCCACAUAUAUACAAGAUCAUACUCCAGUAGCUCUGAAGAAAGUACAGAUAUUCGACUUGAUGGAUGCCAAAGCUCGGCAAGAUUGCAUCAAAGAAAUAGAUCUCCUGAAGCAAUUGAACCACCCCAAUGUAAUUAAAUACCACGCGUCAUUCAUCGAAGAAAACGAGCUAAAUAUAGUACUGGAACUCGCAGACGCCGGGGACCUCUCACAAAUGAUAAAGCAUUUCAAGAAACAAAGACGGCUGAUUCCAGAGAAGACGGUGUGGAAGUACUUUGUUCAGCUGUGUAGUGCACUGGAGCACAUGCACUCUCGCCGUGUCAUGCACAGAGAUAUUAAGCCGGCGAACGUCUUCAUCACAGCCACUGGAGUGGUAAAACUGGGCGACCUGGGCUUGGGACGCUUCUUCAGUUCCAAAACCACUGCUGCUCAUUCCCUAGUGGGCACCCCAUAUUACAUGUCUCCCGAGCGGAUACACGAAAACGGAUAUAACUUCAAAUCUGACAUCUGGUCGCUAGGCUGCCUGCUCUAUGAGAUGGCUGCCUUGCAGAGUCCGUUCUACGGGGACAAAAUGAACCUGUACUCGCUGUGUAAAAAGAUUGAGCAGUGUGACUACCCUCCACUACCAUCUGACCAUUACUCUGAAGAGCUGAGAAAACUGGUAGAUAUGUGCAUCAACCCCGACCCAGAGAAAAGGCCAGACAUCACCUACGUAUACGGCAUCGCCAAGCACAUGCACGCCCUGACCAUCGCAAACUGAGUCUGCCACCCACUUCUUCUUGCUCCUUAUUCCGAAGGCAUCCAUCCGGCCCAGCCCUUCCCACGAUUGUCAUUUAAUAUGCUUGUUUCGCUCCGACAUAACGCAAUAUGACUUAAAAGUAAGAGCGAGGCAUCGUAAACGUCACAAUAUUGUAAAUACAGCACAAAGCCCUUGAUUUAUUAUUAUCAGUGGUAUUUCAGCAGUAGAUGUAAAUGAAAUGCAUGAGAUGACCAAGAAGAAUGGGGAAAAUCAGCAGUGUUGUAAACUGGUUUGACUUGAGUUUAAUUUUUGAGAUGUUGGUACAAUGCAUAUAUAUUUAUAUAUAUAUGCAUAUAUACUUCUAUAUGCAUAUAUAUAUACCUCCUGUAUUUAACUUCUUUCACCACAUUAGCACAAAAUUAAAUUAGAUAUGUUUUUACGACCCCAUAAUUCCCCUUUGUAAAACUAUAUAAGACAGCACAUUUCUGCAUUUAAAGUUUUGUCAUUUCAUGCAUGGACUAAAUACGUAGUCCAUCUCUAAACCUAUUCAGCAGACUUCACUUCAGAUGUGUCGACUUGCAAAAUAUGCAUUUACUCAAAGUAUUCAAAGUUGUUGGGAGAAACAUAGAUUGUGCAUUUAAUAGUUUUUAUGUUCCCCCCCCCACUGCCCCUCUCACACAUGUAUAUUUAUUGCAAUGCAUCCUGGGACUGUUUCCUUAAAGAAACGUCAAUGAAAUACAGACCUUUUUACUUCUCACUCCAUUGAUUUAUAGUUUUUGUACAAAGUCUAUCAAAUAAGUGCACUAUAAAGAAUUUAUACUACCGUUUAUCAUAACGAGUAAAACAAUACAGUGCAUAUUCAAUACGGAUAUCAUCACAAUGCAUCCGUUUUUUAACGGCGAAUUCUUCCCACGUCAGCACCUCGGUGGCUGCUACUUGAACUUCAAUAAAUGAUUAAUGCAAAGCUCUUGCAUACAAUGCAGUAACUUAUAAAUAUUCACAUAUCCUCCGUGCCUUCAGACUUUCGAGAGUGCCUUGUUUUUCUGCACAAAAGGAAAGGGGUGCCUUUCCUGUAAACCAAAUAGUUCGAUUUACGAAAUGUGUUUCUAUUGGGACAUACAACAACUACAUAAUUCAAUGGGUUUACAAGUGACGACGUACGUUUACAAACAAGUUUGCGGAAAUUUUUAUUUUAGCGAUCACAUGAACGCAAUGCAAUGUAUGUCUUUUUGGCCUUGUACAAUUCUGCUAUGUUCACUUUUUAAAAAAACAUUUUGACCUCUUCCAGACUGUAAUGUGUGUGUGCUCUUGUACGGCUUGUGAUCGUCGGCAGACUCGGUUACACAAGCGUAUGAAGUUAUACUAUACAGACAGCAGCUAUUAUGCGGCACCUUUUGAUCAUGCAGUAUGAUUUGCUGUGAUAGUACCAAAUAUAAAAUGGUAUUUGUUUUAAAACUUUAGUCGAGAGCAUUAGUGUUUACCUUUUUAUUUUGCAAUAAUCACAUGCAUAACUUUUUGUUACCACGAUAACGGAUUAUGCUUGUUGCGGCAAAGACAUUAGUAUGUGAGGCUUAAGGAUCAUUUGUUUAAGCCGUGGCGAUGAAGAUCGUUCAAAAUCAGAUUUUGUAUCUACUACAGUUGUUUUGAGGAUUGUACAGCACCCGGAUCGGACACUGACUGUCUACCAGACUAUUUUUUCUCUGCUUUCACCCAUAUCAGUUGGAUGGUGAAGGAAAGGCAACUUUUAUUUAUUUGUUUGUUUCUUUUUUUGACCGUUUUUUUGUUUAACAUUCAAGAUGCACAUUUAUUCUUUACAUGCUAACUGAAAUGAAAAAAAUUAAAAAGAAAUACUAUGUUAACCUUU